CAAAACAAUCACUAAAUAUACGUUUGGUUUUUGUCCGUCUGAACCGUAAUUUUGUAUACAAACAUGUUUAUCGUUGGUCUCACGGGAGGUAUCGGUUCGGGAAAGUCGACCGUUUCUAACAUGUUGUCAGAAAAGGGUAUCGAUAUUAUUGACGGAGAUUUGAUUGCCCGACAAGUGGUCAGACCGGGAAUGAAGGCCUUGAAAUUGCUUUGCAAACACUUUGAUCUUCCGUUACUCUUUGAAAGUGGAAAAAUGGUUCGUUAUUUGGGUCAUUCAAUUGUCGUUAAAUGUAAUCGCAAUCAACAGAUCCAAAGAUUGAAACUACGAAAUAAUUAUACUGAAGAUGAAUGCAUAUCAAGAAUUGAUGCUCAAAUGUCUUUGGACGAGAAGUGUCGUUUGGCAGACAUUGUUAUCGAUAAUAGUGUUGAUUUGGAUUACACUCGAAAACAAGUGGAUCAAGUGGUCAAAGAGUUGCGGUCAUCAUAUAAACACUGGAAACUUAGGAUUGCUUUAAUGGCAGCAAUUUUGAUAACAAUUACAAUAGAUUUUUCUUAA